UCAUUUGUUGUUUGACUGCUUUAGUGAAUUGACGGCUAAAAAUAUUAUAGUUAAGGACAACAACCUAUACACACAUUCACAAGCAUGAUGGAGACCUUGAUCUUCUUCGUCUUGUGUAUUUUUAUAAUGACAUCGUAUGCUAUGAAUGAUAUGAAAAUAAUUCCUUCAAAUGUUUAUCAUACAAAAACACCGAUCCAAACAUAUGUUUCAAAUUACCAGAAUAAACCAUCAUUAAUAAGAAAUAGAAUUCAACCGUCAUCCAUAGUUCAACCAGCAAAAUAUUCAAACGAUGUUGGUAUGAUUCAAUCAUCAUCAUAUGUUUCAGCUCCAUCUCUUUCAGCUGCUAUUGAAAGUAAACGAUUUCUUGAAUUAGUUUCAUAUUCAAAUCAAAUAGAACAACCAAUUCAACCACAAAUUAUUGAAGUUGAUGCAAUCACUGCACCAGUACAAUUUGUUUUUCGUUCAUCUUCUGGACCAUUGUUAUUUCAACAAAUUCAUAUUCCAUCAUCACGUAAUGAACCACAACAUACAAGAUCGGAAGAACCAGCUCAAUUGAUUACACAUGAAGUAUACAAACCAAUCAUACAGGAAUUAAGAGAAAUUAUACAACCAUAUCGUCAUGUAACGCAAGAAAUUAAACCAGUUAUGGAAGAAGUACGUACAGUUAUUGCACAUUCUGAAAAACAACAACCAAUAACAACAUCAGAAGUUAAUGAAAUAAAACAACGAAAACAAUCAUUGUCAAAUUCAAAUGUUGAAUCAAAUCAACAGCCAAAUUUACAGACAAUAGCUGUCAAUAAUAAUCCAAAUAAUGGAAUCAAAACUAUUCAACAAGUUUCCGAUAAUACUAAACAUGGAUAAUAAAUAAAGUUCACUUUCGUUUUUUCAAAUUCAAAUACAUUUUAUUCAUUUAAUAUAAAAAAUAUCCAACAAUUUAUGUACACAAAUACCCGAUUUGUCUUUUUUUUUAUUGUCUUGUAUUUCAUCUUGGCCAAAUAUAUGCAAUAUAAUCAAACAAACAAACAAAAAAUUUUCUUUUCU